GCGGAAUAGCAACCAACUUGGUUCCAUUUACAUUUUGUUAACUAAUUUUGAAUCGUUCUUUUUGUUUUGAUUUUAUAAAUGACGAUAACAACAGACGAUGCGUGGCAGGACUUAGUUGGCAUCAGCGCCGAUCCGCCUGACAUGCGGGACAAGUGCGAGCAGUGCAAACGACCCGCCGUAGUCUGCUGGUGCUCCGCCUUACCUCAGCCUCCCGUUUCGGUGGCCUCACAAAUUGUGAUACUACAACAUCCUGCCGAGGAGAAGCGAUCGCUGCGCACAGCUCUAAUGCUGCAACUGGGACUGCAGCCCGGCAAAUGCGUUGUUUACAAGGGCAAGCGAUUUCCCAAUACCCGUCACAGUGCGGAUCUGCAGCGGGUACUGGACUCACCCCAGACGUUACUCUUGUAUCCCAGCAAAGACUCAGUGCCAUUGGAGGAAAUCGAUCGUAGUGCUGGACCCUAUACACUGGUGCUCAUAGAUGGCACCUGGCCACAAGCGAAGGCGAUCUAUGCCAGCAGUCCGGCACUGCAUCGCUUGCGCCAGGUCAAACUCAUUGCAGUGGGAAUCAGCGACUACAUUAUUCGUACACAGCCCACUGAGGGCUGUCUAAGCACGCUGGAGACGGCGGCUCAAUGUCUAGCUGUGCUGGAAUCGCAUCCUGAACUGCGUCAGUCUUUGGUGCGUCCACUACAUGCACUGUGCAAAUACCAGCUGGACAAUGGAGCCGUCGAGCAUCAGUCCAAGGAGUUUCUGUUGAAAACCAAUCAAUACCCUAAACCAAUUGGCAAGCGGCUGAGUCGUCUGUUAAACAAUACGGUAUGUGGCAGUGCCACCCCUUUGGAGCAGCAAGCCGUUACCCAAGAGUCUUGAUUAAAUAGUCAUUAAAUAGUUAAUACUCUGUGCCCGGCCGUGGCUAUAUAAGUAUAUAUAUUUAGUAACAUUCUAUAAACUAUUUGUAAUUUUCUACACAA